CCGAAAAAUCAGUAUAUGUAAAAAAUAGCUGGCCAAAAAAACUUGCAAUGAAAAUAUUCGACACAUGUCAGCAUACGUCAGCACAAAGUCAUACACGAAUAAACCAAAGUUUAAAAAGAUAAACAAGUGAAACCGUAUUAUGAGUUGACGACGUAAUGAAACGAUUGCAGGAAUAUUUAUGCUUACUCAGCUUUUGUUUUGCCUCUAUUGUUCAGACGGCAGAUCAAACUCAUCCACCCAGGGUAGACAUUGGAAUAAUACUUGAUACAAGCUCUGAUAUGACUCAUAAUGAUCUUGAAAAAGCGAAAGAAAUGUUGACAACCUUACUUGAUAAAUUUAGUAUCUCGCCAGGUACAACCCGUGUUGGACUUUAUACCAUAAGCGACAAACAGGUGGAACGUUUUCAUUUCAAAACUCACGUUAACCGGAAAUGUUUGUUUAAAACAAUCAGACGAUUGAAAUAUACGGGGGAGGAUAAAUCAUAUGACUUUCCGAACCAAAUAGACGAAGCUUUGAAAGAUUUUGAAGUUAAAAGUAGAGAAGUUAUUGACCAGCAGAAAAUGUAUUUAUUUGUUACGAGUGCUGCUUCCAAAACAGAUGCACUGCUCUCCAGUCUCAGAAAAAAUUCAAAUAUCAAAAUGGCGCUCUCUGAUGUUUUGGGAAUUGUUUCCAUAGUAACAAGGGAUAAUGGUGUUAAUAGAACAAAAGAGAACAAGAUAUUGCUUUCUGAGAAAAAUUACAAACAAAAAGAAAAAAAGCAGACCGGAAAAAAUUUUGUGCAUUUUAUAGAAUACAACAAAAAGAGUGAUAUUUCGCAGGUUGUUGAAAAACUUGGAUUACCGUUACGUUCGUAUACAUCAUGUCAUGCCCAGGGUACGACACGUGAUGAGUGCAAUCGCGAAUGUCAAUGUGUCAACGGAAAACUAACCAACUGUUAUCGCGUUCGUCAAGAAUUCACUGCCAUGACAACCGAAGAACGACGUCGGUACUUAAAGACGUACAAAACAUUGACGAUAACGCCUCCAUAUAAAGGAAUAUACGAAAGGUUCAUUUUCAUGCACUAUAAGUACUUCUGUUGGGGUAUCCACACACGUGAAUACUUUCUACCAUGGCAUAGAUGGUUCAUCUCUGAGAUGGAGGACCUUCUUAGACAAAUCGAUUGUCGUGUGACCCUACCAUAUUGGGACUGGUCACACAUGAGUAAUAAUCCCUGGGAUCGUAAAAGUUUAUGGAGAGCAACCGAUGAUGGUUUAGGCGGAAACGGAAACAUGUACAGAGGCUAUUGUGUACAAAAAGGAAUAUUCCGCGAGUCGGAGUGGGAGCUACCAUAUUGGGAAGAUCCGAUGGACAUCAUUUUAAGCACAGUAGAUCAAAUUGAUGCGAAAAUUUCAAAACAAAGAGCUCACCUUGCGUUUUGUUUACGACGCGCAUUCAAAGGUCAUUCGCCCAGCGUAAAAAGCGUCCAAAGAACUUUAGCUCUUCCAGCCAAACGAUUCAAAGAUUUUGAUAUUCAAAUACGACACAACUACCACGACAGGAUGCAUAACAUUAUCGGGGGCACAAUGUGCACCCAUUACGCUGGAGACACACCGGAAUUUUUUCUACAUCAUGCCUUCCUUGAUAAAAUAUGGUACAUGUGGCAAGCCAAAAGCCCGUCCCACAAAUUCGUGCAUUUCUUACAACGAAACACAACAAAAAUGAUGGGAUGCCCGCACACGCAACGCGAAUUAAUAGACUCACAUAAUUUGCCUCGAUGUAUCAAAGUAAGAUAUACUAAAUUUCCAUCUAGUAGACGAGAUAAGCGAAACAUGGAUGAUAUAGACGAUAUGGCCAGAACUUCUUAUAAAUUCUGGAACAAAUAUAUGAACGAGAGUUGGUAUGGUAAUUUUCCAGACUGUUCAAGAUCGAAGAAAGAAAAAGAAAGGGCGAAAUACUUACACAAAGUUCUAGACGCUCCCUAGCUAUAAUGAUUCUUAUCUUGGGCCAGCCAUAUUAACUUGAACAGAUUUGACUUGAUAAGUCAGAUUUGAUUAGUAGAUAGAAUUAGAUAUACGUAAUAUGCAGCUAAAGAUAAAGGCAAAAUGAUUAGCCAAAUUUCACAAAAUUUUAGACACAAAAAACAAUUGGCAUACAUAUUGCUUUCCAAGAAAAUGUUUUAUUAAAACUGAGGAUCAGAUUUGUUGAGGCGCGAAAUCAACCUAAAAUAUUUGUAGCCCAUACAUUCUAAAUUGGUACAGCUACCCCUAAAAGGGGUAAUAACUCGUGUA